AUGAAAAUAAGUGUUACUGAAAAUAACUCUGAAAAUUAAGGAUUUUUAAAGCAAUCACAAUUUUUUUAGCAACUCGAAGUUGAAAUAAUUAAGUAAUUUUAACUUAGCAUAGGAUUGAAUUUUUAAUAAGAAAUAUUUGUUCGAUUUUUAUAUUUUCUUAUGGGCAAUUUAAUUGAGAAACUAAAAUCAUUUUUUUCAACUUCAAAACUUGAAGUAUGCAUGGUUGGAUUGGAAAAUGUAGGAAAAACUACUAUGUUGAAUUAACUUUCUAUGGGGGAUCCUUCAUUCACAGUACCUACAGUGGGAUUGAAUGUCAGGACUGUAAAAAAAGGAGGAGUGACAAUGAAAAUUUGGGAUAUUGGAGGACAAGUUUAAUAUAGACCAGAGUGGGGUAAUUAUGCUCAAGGUUGUGAUGCAAUAAUAUUUCUUGUUGAUACUUCAAAUCAAGCCACUCUGGGAACAUCAAAGAAGGAAUUGCACAAUUUAUUAGAUAAUAAAUCUUUGCGUAAUAUUCCACUAUUAGUGAUUGGAAAUAAAAUAGAUGUAAAUCCACAUUUGAAUGAAAAGUAAAUGAUAGAAGGUCUAAAUUUGGAUUACAUAACAUCUAAUGCUUGGGCAGUUGCAAUGUGCAGUGCUUUGACUGGAAACAAUAUAACGUAAGUGGUCGAUUGGUUAAUAACAAAGUCUAAGAAGCUCUGA